CGAAAUCCAAAAAAUAAAAAAGGAGUACGUGAGCUUCCCUUUUAUAAUUUUCACCUAACCAAAGCUAAAGAGAGACAUGUAUAUAUAGAUAGAUACAAAAUGAAAGGAGUUGACCAAGCAGACGAUAUAUGAUGAAAAUAAGCUGCAACGGGUGCCGCAUACUCCGCAAAGGUUGCAAUGAUGAUUGCGUAAUAAGGCCAUGCCUGCAGUGGAUAAACUCGCCGGAGUCCCAAGCCAAUGCCACACUCUUCCUUGCCAAAUUCUACGGUCGCACUGGCUUGCUCAACCUCAUCACUGCUGCUCCCAAAAACCUUGCUCCGGCUGUGUUUAGGUCUCUCUUGUAUGAGGCUUGUGGGAGAAUAGUGAAUCCCGCAUAUGGCUCCAUGGGCCUCUUCUGGACGGGACAAUGGGCCCGAUGCGAGGCUGCUGUCCGUGCUGUCUUGAUGGGGUCCAAGCCCAAUGACGACGUGGCACCUUUUCAUUCCCCAAGCUGGGGGUCUUGUGACAUACGCCACGUGCCAAGACUCAACACCGGUCUGGUCGACGUCAGAGACAGAACCGGCAAAAUCUUCAAGCCCCAACCGCGAGUGGCUUUGCUGGACUCGGAUGUGUUGAGCCAGAUUCAGCCCAACCGAGCUACCAGGGAAACCGAGAUCAACUUGGAACUCUCUCUUGGCUUCCAUUGAUAAUUCAGCACAGUAUACCAUUGUCCAUUGGACACGUAGGAAGGAGAUAGGAGAUAUUAAUUUCUUAAACUAAAGUUUGUUUGCUUAGAGAUAACAGCAUAUUAUUAGGCUUUUAAUUAGUAUGUGUCUUCUUUAUUUUAGCCAGAUGAAAGAGCUUCAACAUUUAUGAUUUACUAAUACUUUCAUGGUCUCACAAAUCACAAAUUCACAGUCUAUGUUUCAAGUUUGAAAGUGAGCUGUUUGGGUACAGGAAGAGUGACCCACCUUUCAUACAUCAAAUAACUUUUAGUGGCCAUUAAAAGCUAAUCAUUCUCUUGGACUUGGACA